GCAUGGGGACAGCAGAGGGACAAUAACUGGAAAUCGAUUAAAGAAACUGAAACAAAAGCUGCGAAGUACAACAGCUUGAGGAAUGGGUAAGAUGGAGCAUCUAAGGAGGAGAGGAGGGAAAGAGAAGGAAGCAAAUAAAAUAAUUCCUCAGAAAUACAGAAAGCAGGAAUACAAGAGAAAAAACAACCAGAACACCAGCAAUAGGAUAUGUUCCUGUUUAACAUCCUGACAGAUGGAGUAAUCAAGUUUAUAAGGGAAGAAUUAAAGACAAUUUUCCAUAACAGAGAACCAGGUUCUGAGAAGUAAUCUAAGAAAUCAUCAUGGAAUGAUUUCUGAUGACCAGCUGGAAGCAAGGGAUGUGACCAAGAAAAUAAGGGGCCAUGGUGCAGCGGCAAGAUAAUGCAAAAGGCUCGGUUUGUAGAUAACUGGAUUCUAGCCUAAUGGAUUGGGCGUGCACAGAUUUUAAGGAAAUCUUUAUAGAGGAAUGAAAAGAGCUAAAAUUAGUAUAAAUGUAUAUUUUUUCCUCAAACACAAACAUUUUAAAAAGUAGAUAACUUACACAAAUCAGAUGUCAUAUUAAUCUGUCAAUUAAAAGCAUCAUAGGUGUUUUUCAUUUCCUUUGUUGAUGAUAUGAGAUACAAGAAACUGUGCCUUUAUGUACCACUUUGAAUUGGACUAUUAGUCCUUCAAGCACCUAUAAAAAAGCACUUGCUCCUAACACCAAUAUUGCUGCUGGAAUUCAAUAAAAAAUAGCUACACUAUUUUUUCUAAGAACUUUCUGAUUCUGAUCAUAAAAGCGAAAACAGGCUGCGCUAGCUGUUUUCAUCCGCCAGGGGUAGCUGAGAGGGAAAGACAUCAGCACUGCGGCAAAAUGGACAGCUCCACCAGCAUUUCUUCUAGUCAUGCUUCCUGUUAAAAUCAACAGGGAAUACAUGCUGCAAGGGUAGGACGCGAAAGCACUGCCAUUAACAUGACAUUUUUCGGUCUUCCACCCAUUCUUUCUACUGACGAUGCAAUCUAAGAUUUUAGUACCAGCUGCCUUCUAUUCUCCAGUUGUCGUUUUCCGUUCUGACUUGGAUUUUAUCUAAUGAGAACCUAAACCCCAAUUAGACUGAUCUCUUUUGUUCUAUGGAGGGCCUUGAGAAAAUCUCGGCCACCGAUUCGGCCUAACAACGGCUAAUCCUCAUACUUCUUUGGCUCUGUGUCCUGAGGACACACACAUCCACCACCCUAGGUUAGCAGCCCCUCAAUGACUACCAGUCUGCAUUCUUAAGGAUUCCUCCGUAAGCUCCGUCCUCGCACCCCAAAUCGCUUUCUCCAUUCCAAAGCUGUCAAGGUAGUUAAUACAACGUUCUCCUGGCAUCCCCAGUUUGCAUUCAAAGAAAACGUGUUUAGGAUCGAGGUUGUCAUUGACGCCCAACAUCCUGGCGCCACCUCAGCAUCGCCCCCGCCCGUUCCUCCUAUCCCAAUCUCCUUCUCUUGGCUGCGCCUUAGAAGCGCACGUCCCCCGCCUUUCUGCAGCGGAACCGGCGAUCCGCCUCUCUAUAUAAGGCAGGGGCGUCGCCGGGAGUCCUCCAGAACCUCCAGGAUGAAUUUCUCUUCGGAUUCCCACUAUUUGGCCUCUUCCUACAGGAAAAUAUUCGGGGAGCCGCCCCGCUACUCCUCCCGUCUGAGCAGUUCGGCCGCAGCCAGCAGUUACCGGUCUCAGUCGGUAUCUCGCAGUAGCAACCGUGCCGUCUCGUACCGGCUAGCGCAGGCAGACAGCUUGGAUCUCAGCCAGGCAACGGCGCUGAACGACGAAUUUCGGCUGACCCGCACCAAUGAGAAGGAGCAGAUGCAGGGACUCAACGACCGGUUCGCCGGCUACAUCGAGAAAGUGAGGCAGCUGGAGCAGCACAACCGCCUCCUGGAGGCUGAGUUGGGCGCGCUGCGGCAGCGUCACGCCGAGCCCAGCGGCCUUGCCGAACUCUUCCAGAACGAGCUCCGCGAGCUGAGGGCCCAGCUGGACGAGACGGAGGCCGCACGGGCACAAGGGGCUCUCGAAAGGGAGCGGCUGGCCGAGGAAGUGCAGCGCUUGCGGGCGCACUGCGAGGAAGAGGCGCGAGCCAAGGCGGAGGCAGAGCAGGCUUUGCGCGUGCAGCAGAGGGAGGUUGAUGGCGCCACCUUGGCUCGCAUGGCUCUGGAGAAGAAGGUGGAGGCGCUGCUCGACGAGCUGGCCUUCCUACGUAAGGUCCACGCCGAGGAGCUGGCCGAGCUGAGCGCCUCCUUGCAGCCACCCGCGCUGGCUGCCAUUGAGCCGGACGCCACCAAGGCCGAUCUGACUGCGGCGCUGAAGGAGCUGCGCUCGCAGUACGAGGCGCUGGCCGCCAAGAACCUGCAGGCGGCCGAGGAGUGGUACCGCGCCAAAUUCGCCAAUCUCAGCGAGCAGGCGGCGCGCAACAACGAGGCCAUCCGGGCCAGCCGCGAGGAGAUCGGCGAGUACCGCCGCCAGCUGCAAGCCCGCACUCUGGAGGUAGAGAGCCUCCGCGGAGCCAAUGAAUCUCUGGAGCGGCAGCUGCAUGAGAUGGAGGAGCGGCACAACGCCGAGGCGCUCGGCUUGCAGGAUACUAUUAGCCAGUUAGAAACUGAUCUGAGAGACACAAAGAGUGAAAUGGCUCGGCAUCUGAGAGAAUACCAAGAUUUACUGAAUGUCAAAAUGGCCCUGGAUAUAGAGAUAGCAGCAUACAGGAAGCUGUUGGAGGGUGAGGAGACACGUUUUAGUACUUCAAGCAUCAGCAUCUCAUCUCUGAAUCCCCUUUCCAACCCCACUUAUUCUUUCCAACCCAGGCUCUUUGGUUCAUCUGUAGUCAGCAGUUCCAAAAUGUCACCCCCUUUCUCUUUUAAGAAAGAUGAGAAAGAGGAGGCUAAAUUGGCCUCAAAAAUUUCAUCAAGCCAGUUAGGAGAAACCUUUGCUGAAAUGAUUGAGGAAACCAUAACAUCCACUAAAAAAACUGAACGAACAAACUUGGAAGAAGGAAACACUGUCAACCAAAAAAUGUAAUCCCUGACCUUAAAUACAGAUACCACCAAGGGGGAAAAAUAUAGUUUAAGUCUUUAAAUUGCCUAUAUCUAAAUUAAGGUGCUUACCAGCUCACAUCAAUUUAACAUUCUAAUGUUUCACAUCAGUAGACUACUUCAAUAGGAGCAUUAUGUUCAAUGCUAUCAGAAAUAAAACCCAGAGGCUCAAAUAUUAAUUUAGAAAUACUCCAGUAAAUCUUGUUUGCCAAUUGCAUCAUUUUAAGAGUCAGGUCUCCCAAUUGCUAAAUUAAAGAGAAUAAGCAUGUGCAACACCCCCCUCCCCUGGCAGUUUUAUUAAAUCAUAUUUCUGAUUUAUUUCUGGACUUCUCAUCCAAUCUUCACUAAAAGGUGAGCACACAACUUUCAAGAGCAAGUUGUGCAAAAUCUAGCAAUUGAAUCACAUUAGUGAAAUGGAAAUUAAUCUUUGUUGUCUGCCUCUUAAAAUAAAGAAACUGACAGAUAAUUUAAUUACUUAAUUUCCAGACCAUGGGCUUUACUUCAUUUUUGGUCCUUCUGGACCACAGAGGUAGCAAAGAUAAAUAUUUUUAUUUAUUUUGGUUUGUGGUUUGUGCACGUUACAAAGAAAUACAAAAUAUCUAGGAAUGUUAGGUAGAAAAUACUAACAAGAUUUAGGAAGAUAAACACCCCCAUGAUAAACUUGCUGCAUCACUGCAUAAGGAAAUUCUACAAUUAGCACAUUGUCAAGAAGCACAUAAUAGUUUUUUGAUAUCUGGGGUUACUCACAAGUAUUUGCAACAUGCCCAGGUUGAAAAAAAUCUACAUACUGCAAUCAAAUAAUUGUAAGUCUUAGGAUCCUGAUUAACUGUUAGUUGAAUGCACGGUUGACCACCUCUGUGAUUAUUUAGCAAGUCACUGCUCUGUCCAUUUUACCUUGUGCCAUAUUAGUAGCCAGCAAUUUUAAAAGUUGUUAUUGCUUAGAGUCAAUAGUGCCAGCUAUUAAAAAAUUGAAAGAUACACGUUUUAGAGGUUAGCCUUACAUAAAACAAAACUAAAAGUAUGCACUCCUGUAUUGUCUAGAAGCACAGUCCAAUGCUGAUUGCUGCUCCUUUUAUUAGGCACAAUCUACAACUUAAAACAGGAGUAUUUGUGUUGGUUCAUCAUUAGAAAAGGAAUGUAGAUUUAUGCCAGCCGCUUAUUUCUGUAUUAUGGAAAGCAAUAUGGCUUCUAUGUAAUUUACUGAGAUACAGUUUGUUAAAUAACAUACCUGUGAAGGGACUUUUCCUAAAUGUAUUUUCUUAAACAUAUUCACUAUGCACGAAUAAAAUGCACUAGUGAAUUUUAGUGAUUCUUCUAUUUUUUUCUCUGACAGGUUAAGAUAAACAUAUUUGUUUGGCUUUGCCGGCCAGAACUGAAAAUUAUAUAGAUGCACAACACACACAAAAAGCACUUCUGAUUCUUUUAUAAACAAAUGGUGCUGAAAUCUGAUAUAUGAAAUUCUCCUGUUUCCAACAAACUAGCAGAUUCAGCCCACGUUUCUGCAGCAAAUGACACAAAAGAUUAAUCUUGGUUGGGAAAGACCAACACAACAUUUCUUAAACAAAUUUGGGAGUUCUGAUAAAUCAGAUUUCCAACUCCCAUCUGAAUUUAACUUCACUAUACAUGUGCCAAGUUUUAUAUAGAACACACUAUUGUAGAUUUUCUUUGAAUGCCUUAAAAUUGCCAGCAGCAAAAUCAAAUUGCUUUCUGCAGAAACUGAAGAUUGUAUUAUUUGAUGUGUUUGCACUGAUCCAUCCUGCCACAAGGUCUGAUAAUACAAACCCAUGUCCUAUCUGAGCUCCUUGAACUAAGGAAAACUGCUCACAUACUUUUCUCCUCUGUAAGGCACAAAUUAAUAAAAAAAUUGUACCACUUUA